GUGGUUUGUGGCAACCUAGGCACAAAACUUUUUUCCAGGCAGAUUUGUCGACCGCGACUUUUAUUUUUUCUAUCUGCGACUGCGAGCGUUUCAGCAACCAGGAUUUUUAAAUGGCAAGGACCAACGCUGCCGGGCAAAGGGCCAAGCCUCAAAGGAGAAGAAGGCAUGUGGUGCAGCACGCUUGCGGCACAAAUUGGAAUAACAACCUAAGAGAAAUUGCAAGUUUACUUCCCAUUUCUGACACGAUGCAUGGUAGAGGACUCACGAAGAAAGAAACGCUGGUCCACAUGCUGUGGUACUUUGAAUUUCUCCAGACACAUAUAGAGAAUCUGCAGGCUCGCCUGCCCCCUGGUUGCCUACCAGUUAAUGAAACAGAAUCUGAAUCGGAGAGUGAGGACAGUAUCGUGUCCGAACCCGAAUCACCGCCACCUCCUCUUCAGGCCAAACGCAAACGCCAGCGCCUGUGUGCUCGUUCGCAGAGAGGCUCCGAACUCCCCGCAGGAUCGUGGAUCAGCAUAAAGAGUGAACUGGACAAUGAUGAGAUAAAAGUAGAGUUUCUGCCGGAGGAAGACGACCAGCCCGCCCCCAUGUGGCAGAGUGGGCACAACUGGACAGAGCCGGUGUCAGACGAUUCCGACUCCGUGUCGACAAGCUCCCCAGACUCCGUGUGCAGCCUCAGUCUGCUGCAGGCAGGGUCUGUUGUGAAUGGAGGACACUGUUCUGCUUGUGAUGGACGAACUAGCAGUGAAGAUGGAAGUCCUGAGCAGCUUCAGUUCACUCCACCAACAGGGUCAGCACUGAUGUCCUUGAGAGAGCACCGGAGUGACGUGUUUGAGCAGGGUGAUGAGGGGGAGUCUAUAUGCAGUGCAGGCUCCACUCCUCUGAUGCCCAAGAUGCCGUUGUUCGGGACGGGCCGGACGCUGAACCUCAGCCCCUCACUGCUGACCUCCCCCACACGUGGGGUCUGCCACGAGCUCCUGCCGCAGGGCCAGGAGGACCUUCAGACUUUGUUUGAGGACGUGUGGGUUAACUCUGAGGCCAAUGUCUCCAAAAUAGCGAGUCUUCAGUCCAGCCAAUCAAAUGACUCAGCUCCUGACUGGUCAGGCCGGAGGGGCAGGAAGCUAAGCGUGGCUCUGACGUCCUCUCAGAGCGAUGAGGACGAGGUGGGCCAGGAUGACAUCACCUGGACGCCGCAGCUGAUGAAGGUGCGCCAUCGGAGGAAACCCCGGGCCAAGGUGCCGCCAAAAGCCGUGCCAGACGCCAAGAAGAAGUGCGUCAAUGGCUUCAUCAUGUUCUGCCGCAUCAACAGGAAGCUCUACCUGCAAUCCCGGCCGGCCACCCCCUCCACAGUGGUCACCAAGGCCCUGGCAAACAUCUGGCAUCACCUGCCCAAGCAGGAGCGACGCAUCUACUGCCUGAAGGCACGUCGCUACAGCUGCCAGGAGAACCGCAACGUGCGUGUGCAGGAGGAGGAGGACGACUCGGGCGAGGAGUGCGUGCCGAGUCCCCUGCACCUGCUCCUGGCCGACCGACGCCUUUGUGCCGCUGCCAGAGGAGAGCCGGAACCCUGA